UUGCCAGCUCCUAACGGCUUUUGUUGAGUUGGCUUUGCCUUUCUUCACAACCUGGAGUUGAAUGUUGUAGAGCUGUUCACUUAGCAAUGCCGGAGUUAACUUCAAAAGUUGCCACAAUUUCCAAGAAGGGAUUCAAGAAGGCUGUCAUUAAGACUCAGAAGAAGGAAGGGAAGAAGCGCAAGAAAUCCCGAAAAGAAAGCUAUUCCAUUUAUAUCUACAAGGUGCUAAAGCAGGUUCAUCCAGACACGGGCAUCUCCUCCAAGGCUAUGAGCAUCAUGAAUUCCUUUGUCUCUGACGUAUUUGAACGUGUAUCCAGCGAGGCGUCGCGCCUGGCGCACUACAACAAGCGCUCGACCAUCUCGUCACGGGAGAUCCAGACGGCCGUGCGGCUGCUGUUGCCCGGGGAGCUGGCCAAGCACGCCGUGUCCGAGGGCACCAAGGCCGUCACCAAGUACACCAGCUCCAAAAUCUUCUGAGCUGUUUCAGCGUGGAAGGGCGUGGGCUAAGCGCUCAUCUCCUUGGUUCCCAACCGCCCGCUGAGUCCACCUCCAACUCCGCAAGGGCCUCUCAGUACCUAGGAUCUUGGCAUCAUAUCUAGUCGGAGACGCGGCUGGCAGACUCAGCCAUCCCAUGUCAUCUUUCUUGAAGCAGUUGUCCAAACCAUUACAAGCCCGUGUUGGGGUGCAGCGUAUUCAAGGCUUUGGAUCCAGGAUGCGCUGCUGGCCCGAUACUGGCUGUCGCCACCGCCAACACCAGCGCUGAACUCUUCGCAUGUUACUCAGACCAUCGAGCGGCUGGAGCUGCUUGGAGGGGGAAGAGAGCUGCAUUUACUGAAGGAUUACAGAGUGAUUCCCCAGCACAAGUUUAACUGACUGCAGCUUUCUCAAAGGAGCAGGAUCCAGAACUUGCCCUUCUGUUUACAGAGGCUUUCAUUUCAGUACUCAGUAAUGCUGACACGGGAAUUUAGGAUCCUGGGUGGAACUGUGUCAGAACCCAGUUAGGGGUAAUGAAACAGCCCUGCUAGCUGAAUCCUGGCGGUGGAGACGCCAGCAUCCUUAGGAAUUGAGCACAUGUCAGGGGGUGGUUGUGACCCCCUGAGAAUGAAGAUAUGAAAUCCCAUGUUGGGACUUCUUUGGGUAGAGGGUACCCCUAGCACAUCUAGCCAUCUAUCCCUAAUUAAAGUGAGGGUAGAGUUAGAUUAAGUGGUUGAAUUAGAAAUAAAGAAAAAUGACUUGUAAACUCUAAUGCUUACAGGACAUUAUUAAGAACCACACAAAUCUCCAUUUUGCUGCAAGCUUUCUCGAGUAUCUUUCAGCAAGGUACUUCUAAAGUCUCUAAGAGGUUUGCACUCCUUAAAGUCUAUAAAGCAUGCCUUGUUAACAAACCAAGAUGCAAAUCUUUGAUAGAUUACAUGAAACACUUAGAAAAUGCCUGAAAAACCUGAUGUCAUGAAAAGUGAUAAAUGAUAGGGCUAAUACAACAUACCAAAACUUGAGCUUUCUAUCACUACCUACUCAGGAGUUUCAGACACUGCAUUCUACCACUGAAAAUACUGGUUCUACUACUGAAAGUUGAUUCUACCACUGAAUAUGAGGCAAAAUAUUUGUUGAUUUUUAGCACUCCUUGUUAGUAAACACCUACAGAAGUACCUGAGAACAACAAAGCAGCAAAUAUAAAAUUUCUAUCCAAAAUCAAAAGUGCCCAAAUUCUUCAAACACUGCAAAACAAAGGAGUCUUCACAUUUGUAUCAAGCUUGCAAGAAUCUGUUUAAAAUUUGCAGUUAAAAAUUACCUUCUUAACAAUGCUUAUGUCCUCAAAAUUAUCCCCAAGAAUUGAAUACACAUGAGAACUGUUUGUUGGAAAUUAUUAAACCUCUUGGAAACUUAGGGAUGGAAAAUAAAUUUAGGAAUUGUUUGAAAAGUAUAAAGGCAUAGUUUUAAAGAAUGUAUGUUGAGCUGGGCGUGGUGUCCCACACCUGUAAACUCAGC